UCUCAGUAGUAUGAAAAUAAUCAGAUAAAUUGCUUCGUGUGAUUGCUAAUUUCUUGCUCUACAUCAAAGUCUUUCUUUUCGCAAUUACAGGUUGACUUCAUUGGUUCUUAUUAUAGAAAGCAAACGCAUAUUCUUUGUUUAGUAUUACUGGAAAUGAAUAAAUAAUCAACAUGAGUAAAAUAAGUGAGCGAAUGAAGCUUAUAAAUCAGUAUUAUGAUAACCUAGAAUAUAGAAUUAAUAAAAAAGAAGCACUGGAAAAGAUAAAUACUUUAAUCAAGGAUAUAAAAUUGGAACAUGUUAAUCCGCCUCAAAGAUAUCAACAAGUAGCAUCUAUAAUAGAAAAGAAUAUUUAUCUUUUCAAAGCUUGUGAGGAUGUGGAUACAGUUACUUCUAUUAUUAAUUAUUUAUAUGAUGCUAGUAUAAAAAUGACAUUUGAUAGUCAAUUAUUUAUUCAUGGUGAUAUAAGGAUAUUAUAUGGAAUGGAUAUUAUAUGCGAGGAACCUAUGACUCCAUUAUUUUUGAAAACUGUCUUGUUCAACGAGUUUGAUCUGAAGUGUGGAUAUGAUUAUAUUAGACAACUAAAAUUUAAUUACAUCAUUACUAUGGUUUUGCUACAAGAUUCAGACUUGUAUGCAGUUAUUAGCUACUUAAAGAUUAAACCUUCUUCUCUGUCAAAGAUAAGCAGAAUUUUUGUUCAUGAAACAAUAAAAAAAAAAUUUUUAUGGCUUAUAAAGAAACAUUUACAUUUUACUAGGCAUAUGAAUUUGCCCAUAUCUGUAUUUCAAAAAACACACGAUUUAGAAACACUUUUUAGAUACGAAGUUUUAAAUAUUGUAUCUAUAUGGUCAGAAGACAUUAUAGCUGCAAAAGAUUUAGCAGGUUUCUUAAAUAGAGAUAUUGUAUUCAUAAAUUCACUCUUGGAGUUCUGCAGUGGUGUCAAGUUUGUUUACAAAUUUAGUUAUGAUAACGAUAUGCAUUUAAAGAUUUACAAUAUAAGUCCAGAAGAUUAUACGUAUACGGUUCACCAAAGUCUAAUAAAAUGUGCACUUUAUUCGUAUAACCUUUUUUAUGAUGGUACAUGGCAAAUUCCCAUAAAGGGAAAAUAUUGGGAGAAGCAGAGUGAAACUGAAGUCAUUAUAUAUGCAAACGCAACCAAGCACGAUGUAGAGAAAUGUAUGAUAUCAGCUAUGAAAGCAUUUAUAGUUUGGAGUACUUGGUCUAUGGCUUCUAGGAUAGAAGCAUUGUAUAGACUCGCGUCUAUAUUAGAAUGCCAUGGCAAAUAUUUAUUAGCGGAAAUAGUAUUACAUUGUAUAAAAGUCCCCGAUAUUUCUCAAAAUGAAUUAUUCUGUGAUUACGAUGAAAGAUUAGAAGUGAGCAAUAUGUAUAAACCAGAGGGUGUUGCGUGGAUAGAAGCUGCUGCUGAAUCGAAUCUGUUUAAUUAUCUAGCACGGUUUUUAAUUAAAGGCAAUUGUGUUAUUGUGAUAUCAGAUGAAUGUUUAAGUACCAUAGCACCAUACUGUAACAUGUUCGUUACAGCUAAGAUACCGCCAGGUGUUAUAAAUUUGUUAUCCUUCAAGAAUGCUAAAGAUACUUAUGGGCACAUCAACUUACAUAUGCAACAAAUAUAUAAUUCAAUGAAGUAUAUCAUACUCCCUCUUCAAUAAUUUUAAAACAUUAAAUGC